AUGGCAGGAGUCAGGCUGAAAGAGGCAGGAGGCCGGUCCACCAGCCAUGAGGCAUCGCAAAAGAGGCCCAAUGAGGACGCAGAGAUGGGCCGGUGGAGCUGCAUCCUCUUUGUGGUGUUAAUUCUUUGUGGAGCUUUUAUCAGAGAAGCCCAUCAGGCGACUAUAUCAGAUGUUGGGGGACACAAAGGCGCUCAGAGACAUCUUCUUAUUCAAUCAGAAGAUGACAUCAACAGAAACGGUUCUGCUCAUGAACGGGCCGCUCAUCCAGACGAGAGCCCAAAGUCGCAGCAGUGGGGCUAUCUGGCUGCAGGACUGGGCACCGCCCUCACCAUCUCACUCCUCAUCGCGAUGACUGUCAAGUUCCGUCUCUUCCAUCGCUUCUUGGCCAGCUACAGACACUCUCUGCUCCUGGAGGCCGACGGGGUCAGCCAGUACGGCCAGGACGAGCUGCCCUUCCCCCACAAUGAGUUGGGUAGAGUGGGAGGGGUUGGAGGGACUCCAAGAGGGCUGGACGACGAUGACGAUGGUUUCAUCGAGGAUAACUACAUCCAGGCCAGUGAGAAAGAAAGGGCAGAGAGAGGCGAAGAAGAGGAGGAGGAGGAGGAAGACAGCGACGAUGAUCUUCAGUUCACAAAAGCGUGAUUAGAUAGAGGGGGGACUUCAUCAAAAACAGCUGAUUUACAAAUAAGAUAACAUAAAUGAUAGGAAGGAAAUUGUGAUUGACAGUUAACAGAAAAGUGAUUUAUUGAAUUGAUCACUGUCUACAUUUAAUUUUUAAUUUAAAAUAUACUUGUAAAUGUAAUAUUGGUUUCUUGCUGUUCCAAUUGUUUGGCUUUGACUCUUUGUGGAGCACUUUGUAAACAUUGUUUUUAAAGGUGCUAUAUAAAUAAAGUUAUUAUUAUUAUUA